UUGCAAUUAUACAAAAAAUAACAGUUAUCCAAGAACAUUCAAAAGCCAUCUCUUUAAGCUAGUUAUGACAUUGUCAAGUAGAAUGACAUUCUAGUAAUAUGUACAUAUCCAUACCAGUGUGAAUUUUACUACACGUAAUUUGCCAUGUAAAGACAGAAAAGGUAGGGAUAGCCGUAAAAUAUUUGCGAAUUAUGUACCCAUAGCGUAGGUACUUCUCCCCACUUUACUCUAAUUAGUAAUCAUCUAUUAGUUAUACAUCUGUUACAUAACCAUUUAAUAUUAAAAAUAAUAUUAAACAGCUAUGAUUGAAGAGAAAAUUAAAACCCGUUUAAAAUGUUGUGUGACUAUUGACUCCCUUCCUACUGAAAUUUGUAAGACCAACAUUUACAUUUGCUAGGCCGUUGAACUUGCCGAAUUCAAGAUAAUUGCUACCUACACCACUGGUAGAUCUUGACUUUGCUUGAUGCGUGCACGUGCAUCCUGAAGCAUGCAUCGUUUUUUAAUUUAAUUCGAUAAAAAUAGACAAAUACACAUUUGUAGAUAACAAAAACAUCGACACUUCUGAUACAAAUCAAAAAUGAAGUUGCUUAUGUGUCUCCUUCUUCUUUGGAAAACAGUUUCUUUGGCUCAAAGUUAUAAAGUGUUAUUGGUAUUCCCGGUACCUUCCAAAAGCCACUUUAUUCUCGGGAAUUCUUUAGCGAGAGGGCUAGCCCAAGCUGGACAUGAAGUAACGUUUAUUAGUCCGUUCGCGGAUGAAAAUCCGCCAAAGAAUUACAGGGAUGUUGUUUUGGAGGGAUUUAUGGAAAUUAAAAAAGAACAAACCAUCUUCAAUGUAUUUGAUAUGGAAAAAAUGCACCCCAUGUUAAGCGUCUUCAUCAUGAACAUCAUCGGCAAUCAAUUAGCCAACGCCACACUUGGCCACCCCAACGUCCAAAAGCUGCUGUCAUCAAAGGAACACUUUGACGUAAUCAUCAUAGAACAGUUCAAAAAUAAAGCUAUAAACGCGUUACAGUGGUACUACAACGCCCCACUAAUUCUAUUCAGUACAAUCGGGCCAAGUUUCUGGGUGAACGGCUUCACUGGGAAUCCUUCACCUCCGUCUUACAUCCCAGAUAUGUUCUUGAGUUAUACGAGCGAAAUGAAUUUUUGGCAGAGGACUUUUAACUUCAUAAUGACACUUUAUGAAUACUUAAACGAUUAUUUCUUGGUUUCUUCAGCGCAGAUAGAGAUCUUGAAAUCUUACUUUCCAGAUUGUCCUGAUGCUGAAUCAGCGAUUAAUAACGUUUCUUUGGUGCUUUUAAACUCACACGAAAGCUCAAACCAACCUGUACCUACAACUCCCAAUAUGAUAGCAAUUGGUGGCUUUCACAUAAAACCUUCCAAAGAACUGCCGAAAGAUCUGAAACACUUUAUGGAUAAUGCCAAAGAAGGUGUGGUUUAUUUUAGUAUGGGUUCAAAUAUAGAAUCUUCUGAUAUUAAUAAUGACACCAAAUACGGUAUUAUUAAAGCUUUAGGAAAAUUAAAGCAGAAAGUGCUUUGGAAGUAUAGCGAAGAGCUUCCAGACAAACCAAGAAAUGUUAAAUUGGACAAAUGGUUUCCACAGCAAGACAUACUCGCUCAUCCAAACACCAAGCUGUUUAUUACUCACGGAGGAUUGUUAAGUACCCUAGAGACCAUCUACCACGGAGUACCAGUACUCUCUUUACCUGUCUAUGGUGAUCAGAAAAUGAAUGCUGCUAAAGCACAAGCUAUAGGAUAUGGUUUGCUGAUUCCGUUUUCGCAAAUAACCGAAGAGACUCUUACAGAGCAAUUGGAUAAACUUUUAAAUGAUCCAAAAUACCAUUUGACUGCAAAGACUAGAUCUGCCCUGAUGCACGAUCGACCAACAAAACCUCUGGAUCUAGCUAUUUAUUGGACGCAAUUUAUUGCCAGACACAAAGGAGCACCACAUUUAAGGAUUAGUGCCUUAGAUCUGAAUUGGUAUCAGUAUCUAUCGCUGGAUGUAGUUGCCUUUUUAGGAUUAGUUUCUUUCAGCAUAUGUCUAGCUUUGUAUAUUGUAAGUAAGAAACUUUUUAGAUGUUGUACAAGUAAAAGUAAAACAAUAAAGAAAGAAUAUUUGUUUAAAAAGUGUUUGCCAAGGAUAUGUAGUGUAAUACGUAAUAUACAUAUUUUUAUUAUUAUAAUCCGGUUCUCUUCUACCGUGAAGUGUCGAGAUACAUAUUAUUAUAGAUACAAUAUUUACGAAUUUGCAGGUACCAAAACAUCGAUAGUGUAUCAAGCUUCAAGAAUAUUUCCAUUUUCCGUUAGAUAUAUGUAUAAUAUGAGGGAAAGACAACAUUUAUUUUUGAUUGUAUUAGUUCUAUUCAUCCUCGGCCAAGUGACAAAUGGAUACAAAGUUUUGCUCGUGUUUCAUGUGCCGGCUAAAAGUCAUUACAAUUUAGGGAAUGCUUUGGCUAAAGGACUAGUUGCAGCUGGACAUGAUGUUACCAUGAUAGCUUUUUUUGAAGAAAAAAAUCCGCCUCCAGGAGGUACUUAUACGAAUGUGCUUCUGAGUGGUAAAGAAGAAGUAUCAGGAUUUAACAAAGAAUUCAACUUUCUCGAUUUAGAACAUAUUCCCACAAUAUUUGCAAUACAUUUAUCUUCCCGUAAGGGAACCGUUUUGACUAAAACCAUGUUUGAACAUGAAAAUGUUAAGACAUUUUUGGCAUCAAAUCAAAAGUUCGACGCAGUUGUCAUAGAACAGUUUUGCAACGAUGCAAUAAAAGGUCUGGGGUGGUACUACGAUGCACCAGUGAUUGCCUUUAGUACGAUUGGUGCCAAUUACUGGGUGAACCCUUUGGUGGGGAAUCCUACUCCGAUAUCUUACGUACCAGACCUACAUCUUGAGUAUACUGAGAAUAUGACGUUAUUAAAAAGAGUUAAGAAUGCCUUAGUGACGCUGGUUCGUAUACUAAAUCAACAAGUGUAUUAUUUUCCUGCGCAACGAGAAAUACUAAGGAAAGUUUUUCCGGGAAGUCCAAGUUUAGAGGAAUUGAUGACAAACGUGUCCCUUGUUCUGCUGAAUUCGCAUGAGAGUACGAACCAGCCGGUACCGUUGGUGCCAAAUAUGAUAAACGUUGGUGGAAUGCACAUAUCUCCUGGAAAAGGAUUACCUAAGGAUUUGAAAGUUAUCAUGGACAAUGCCAAAGAAGGUAUUGUAUAUUUUAGUAUGGGUUCUAAUAUUGAUCCAGCUAAAAUGAAAGAAGAAAUAAGUACAGCAAUAUUUGACGCUUUAGGGAAACUACCUUACAAGGUUCUCAUAAAAUGGUCUAAAGAUGUUCCAGGAAAGAGUAAUAAUAUUUUAAUAAGGCAAUGGUUUCCACAACAAGACGUAUUAGCCCAUCCAAAUGUGAAGCUAUUUGUCACUCAUGGAGGCUUACUAAGCACUUUAGAGACUAUAUACUACGGUGUUCCAGUAUUAACUUUGCCAAUAUUUGGUGAUCAAAAAAUCAACGCAGCCAAAGCUAAAGCCGCGGGCUACGGAGUGUCCAUGUCUUUUUCCACGAUAACAGAGGAAAGGUUCAGCAAAGCUUUGAACGAAAUAUUAAAUAAUAAAAAGUACACAGAAAAUGCCAGACUGAGGUCUACACUUAUGCAUGACAGAAUCAACAAACCACUGGACACUGCAGUUUUUUGGGUAGAGUAUAUAAUUCGAAAUAAGGGAGCACCUCACUUGAGGAUAGCUGCAGUCAAUAUGCCAUUCUAUGAAUAUUUUUUGCUAGAUGUUAUUGUUCUUUUAGUAUUAGGGUUUAGUAUUAUAAUUACAUUAGUUUAUCUGACUUGUAAAAAGAUUUGUUGUUCUAGGAAAAGCAAAAAAUUCAAAAAAGAAUAAUUUAGGUUUGUAUUGGUCAAUUAAAUAAAUACUUUUUUUACUAAUUACAAAUAAAAUCUAGAAAAAAUAUAGAA